AUGGCAAGCGACGAUCAGCAGUUCUUCAACUACCUCUCGUCCAUUCCCCAUGACGUAAGGCGAUACUCAUUGGAAGUCGCUGAUUCAAUCGACCGUCAAGUUGACCAUGCAGCGGCUGUGCUUCGAACUACUUUAUCAGAGCAAUCGUGGCUACCAGACCCUCUUCGUCCGUCGAUGCCACGCUCUGCGAUACGCGCAGCAGCAGUGCCUCAAGGCUUAACCGACCGGGUUCAACACUGGGUGAUUCGCAACCGCGCGUGGACGGCGGCCAUUCUUGCAUUUGUCGGGACUGGAUGUGUUCUGCUGUAUGGCAAUAAGAAGCUGAAUGGCAAACGGAGGAAGGCGAGAAAAGCCGGAAAUGGGGCUCGCAAAGAGAUUGUUGUUGUUGCUGGAUCGCCGCAUGAACCUAUGACACGUGCUAUUGCUGCCGAUCUGGAGCGUCGGGGAUACAUCGUCUAUAUAACUGUCUCCUCCGCGAACGAAGAACACAUUGUCCAGUCCGAGAAUCGGGCUGAUAUCAAAGCGCUUUGGCUGGACCUGACUCUUGUAUCACACAAUCCUUCAGAAAUCCACCCUUCGCUGCAAGAACUGCACGGCUUGAUUACCCAGCUCCAAUACCCCUCACUGGGGAUGCCUCCCCAUACCUGUCAACUCAGCGGCCUCAUAAUAGUUCCAUCACAAAACUAUGCAGCAGGUCCUGUCGCAACCAUCACAGCAUCCUCAUGGGCUGACACAGUCAACACCCGCAUCCUCUCACCUAUCCUCACAGCACAGAUAUUCCUACCUCUUUUGACCCUACGCAGCAAUGCCAGCACCAUCAUAUUCGCCUACCCGACCAUCUCAUCAUCUUUAUCUGCACCUUUUGCUGGCCCCGAAGUCGCAACUGCCAGAGCAAUCUCUGGAUUCGCAACAUCACUCCGACAAGAACUAAGUCUUCUUGAGCGCGCAAAUGUCGAUGUCGUAGAGCUCCGACUCGGAACCAUUGACCUGGGAUCGCAUUACCGUAAUCCCCAGAGCCAAAUCACGGGCACAGAAGUCCUGGCUUGGAGUACACAACAACGAGUGCUAUAUGGCCCGCAGUAUUUGUCCAGUAUUGAGCAGAGAGCCGUCGCAUCCGCAGGCCCUCGUGUUAUCCGAGGCUCUCCAGCCUGGAACCUGCACCACACAAUCAUGGAUGCACUGGAACCUGCUUCUCGGAACUUCCUGGGACGAAAGAAACAAAAGCGGGCAGUGAUGUAUGUAGGCCGAGGUGCUCGAUCGUAUAAUUUUAUUGGUACAUGGAUGCCGAGUGGAUUGGUUGGGUUGAUGAUGGGCUAUCGCAAUGGACAUGCAGGUGGAACAGAUAGCUCCAACAGCAGUGAAAACAACUGGGAGCGAGUAUGA